AUGCUUUUCAUUAUUACUGACGAGACUGCAACGGGUGUUUCAGAUCCCAAAGAAGAGAAGGAGGAGGAGGAGGUGAGCAGCAGGCCGGGCAGGAGCUGGCGCAGCAGGGCUGCCCGCCAGCGCCAGGCGCCCCGCGCCAGGAACAAGGGUGCCCUGCAGCUCGUCUGCAAGUCAGAGCCAAACGCUGACCAGCUCGAGUACGUGGUCACGGAAGAGCAACAGUCUCCAGCUGGAGUCAGCAGUGAUGAUGAGGAGAUGCUCAUCAGUGAGGAAGAAGUUCCCUUCAAAGAUGAUCCAAGAGAUGAAACCUACAAGCCCCAUCUAGAGAAGGAAACGCCAAAGCAAAGGAGGAAAACUAGCAAGGUGAAAGAGGAAAAAGAGAAACAGAAGGAGAUUAAAUUAGAAGUGAAAGAAGAGAAUGAGUUUCAGGAAGAUGAAGAACCACCAAGGAAGAGGGGAAGGAGGAGAAAGGAUGACAAGAGCCCAAGGCUGCCUAAGAGAAGGAAGAAGCCCCCAAUACAGUACGUCCGCUGCGAGAUGGAAGGCUGCGGCACAGUCCUGGCUCACCCGCGGUACUUGCAGCAUCACAUAAAGUACCAGCACUUGCUGAAGAAAAAAUACGUGUGUCCUCAUCCCUCCUGUGGCCGGCUCUUCCGACUCCAGAAGCAGCUGCUCCGACAUGCCAAGCACCACACAGAUCAAAGGGAUUACAUCUGUGAGUACUGUGCCCGGGCGUUUAAGAGUUCUCAUAACUUGGCGGUGCACCGAAUGAUCCAUACGGGCGAGAAGCCCUUGCAGUGUGAGAUCUGCGGGUUCACCUGCCGGCAAAAGGCUUCCCUCAACUGGCACAUGAAGAAGCAUGAUGCAGACUCUUUCUACCAGUUCUCCUGCAACAUUUGUGGCAAGAAGUUUGAGAAGAAGGACAGCGUGGUGGCUCACAAAGCCAAGAGCCACCCUGAAGUGCUUAUUGCUGAAGCACUGGCUGCCAAUGCAGGUGCCCUGAUCACCAGCACUGACAUCCUGGGCACUAGUCCUGAGGCCAUUGUGCCGCCCACCGACGGCCAGGGCCUCCCCCUCCUUCCUGACCCCCUGGGGAGCACGGCCCCCGCUGACUGCCUGCUGCUGACCCCCGAGGGGGUCCCGAAGACCUUCUGCGGAGGCACCGAGCGUGUCAGCCUGGUGGCUGAUGGCAAGCUCUUUGUGGGCAGCGGCAGCAGCGCAAACCCAGAGGGGCUGGUCAUGAACACAGAGAUCCUGGGAGCCACCACAGAGGUGCUCAUCGAAGAUUCAGACUCCGCUGGACCCUAGUGGGCAGGGAGCACGUGGGUGCUGGGACAGUUUGGACUCUGUAUUUAAAAGGAAAAAAAAAAAAGCUGAGACACUUACUGAAAGAGAGAAAAGUUAAAGAACACUUACAAUACUAGUAAAUAACCGCAGGGUCUGCUCCCUCCAGUGUGGAUCACAGCGCAUCCUUUCUCCCAAGCACUUCUCUCUCUCGCGCUGCUCCUUUGUAGA